CUUACGCGCGAGUACGGCUUUUACGUCGUAUUUAUAGUAAUAAUAUAGGGGUCCGUUAGUUUGUUAUCGCGCAAAGAUAUUAACGCGCAUUCAUGGACUCCAAUUAUUAAUUAUUAAUUUUUUUUAAUAAUGUAUCUACGUUUAACAACGUUUUAAACUAAAAGCUUAAUCGAGUUAUAUUUUAAAUAAUUUUUUAUUUUAAUUGAAGAUAUUAAAUAUUAAUUAAGUCAAUGGUGAUUAUCAUUGCACUGAGUGGUUAAAUAAUGAUGAUUAAUUAAGUUAAUAAAUUAAUGAGCCACUGGUAGAGUUUACAAAUGAUGCCCAGGGAUUGAUGCUCCGACGUUUAACAGAUGUAAAGUCCAAAUUUUAGUAUUGUGAAGCCCCUGGUUACGGCGGACGAACCGCGUGGUGUUACUACUUGGAAAUAGCCGAUUAAUUCUUGGACGCCGGCGCGGUCUGCUGUCAUCGUCUGUUCACUCGAGUCAUUAAACCUCGAGAGGACUUUGGCCUCUGAAAACGGGUGCACUCCCGAUUGCCCUGGGGGUGUGUGUUUGUGGACCGUCAACUGUGUCUGUGAGGAUGUAUAUCCUGUAAGAGUUUAGUGGAUUUACUGUCAGGCUUAGCAGUGUUUGUUAACGUUGAGGAGCUAAGUACCGGAGACUUGGUUGCCGGACGAGCUAUACCACUCCGGGACACCUGUAAGCACCAGAAACGUUAACGCCCGAGGAUGCGAGUGCCUUGAAUUGGAUUAAAACUCCCAACAAGCACCGGGUCCUUUCAAAGUUUACAUUCUAAGUUUCUAAACUUCUUGGACACUUAUUUAAAGUUGUCCAUUGUUUUGUUUAUUUAUACUUCUAUACUGCUUUGAUGAGAAAUUGUUUCUUCAAGUGACUGCGCUAGAACAACACAAACUGCAGAGAGGAAAAAAUAAAUUGCUGCGAAAGAUAAGACAGAAUAAAAAAUAUCUUCAUACGUAUAUGUUGUAACAAAAAAGGCGCCGCUGAGAGACAGAAGGUAUGAAAGAGGAAUGUGUUAAGGACUGGGGGCGAGGAUAAUCAUCCGUCCCUUCUAAAAAAAAUAAAAAAUAAAAAAAACCGUGCGCCAUAACGGGCGUAAUUUAGUUAUCAGGCAAAAGUGAGGUGCGAAGAAAGAUAAUAUUGUUGCCGGGUAUGACGGCCAAGUCGGGAGGUCGGCGGGAGUUUAUGAAGGCUUCGUGCGAGUAGUGAUAGGUCUCUAAGUGUCCCUGGGGUCGAUGGGCACUGUCAUACCUUUUUAAGAAGCCAAUGGUCUGGGAAAAGUCAUUAAAUUGAAAUAAAAAAAAGUUUUGUAGAUUAAACGACAAAUAUAAAAUGAAAUGAUUGAUUUUUUGGUGAUAACAAUUAGCUUGUAGCUGUGAAAAGUGAUAAUUUAAAAAGUGGUAACAUCUUGAGUAAAAAAUUAAACGGGUUUUAGAGACAGAUAGAGACGUCAUUGAAUAUCAAUAAUGGUGGAAAGAAGAAUAAGGAUGAGGUCGACCGAGACGAAGAAAAUGUCUAGUGAAAAGGAAAAACGAAGAAGGAUGAGUGUCUUGGUCUUGAGAUGCCGUGGGUUACAGACUUGGAUGUUGAGUCUCAGUUUUGUCAUUGUACUUCUUGCAACCCUGCCACAAGAAUGCAACUGUGGAGCUAACGAAAGAAGAUUAUUGAAAGACCUUUUGGAUAAGUAUAACACCCUUGAGCGGCCAGUUGCGAAUGAAAGUGAAGCUCUAGAAGUAAAAUUCGGCAUAACACUUCAGCAAAUAAUUGAUGUGGAUGAAAAGAACCAAAUUCUCACAACGAAUGCCUGGUUGAAAUUGGAAUGGACGGAUUACAAUCUCCAGUGGAAUGAGACAGACUACGGCGGGGUUAAAGAUUUAAGGAUAACGCCAAACAAACUUUGGAAACCAGACGUCCUUAUGUACAACAGUGCGGAUGAGGGUUUUGACGGGACGUACCAAACAAACGUGGUGGUCACGCAUAACGGCAGUUGCCUGUACGUCCCACCGGGCAUCUUCAAGAGCACAUGCAAGAUAGACAUCACUUGGUUCCCCUUUGACGACCAACACUGUGACAUGAAGUUCGGAUCCUGGACCUACGACGGCAACCAGCUCGAUCUCAUACUCAACUCCGAGGAGGGAGGUGACUUGUCCGAUUUCAUCACUAACGGAGAGUGGGACCUCAUCGGAAUGCCCGGGAAGAAAAACACAAUAAGAUACCAAUGCUGCCCGGAGCCAUACGUCGACAUCACAUUCACAAUACAUAUCCGCAGGCGGACACUCUAUUACUUCUUCAAUCUCAUCGUACCAUGCGUACUUAUAUCCAGUAUGGCACUACUUGGGUUCACCCUGCCUCCAGACUCCGGCGAAAAGCUCACCCUAGGAGUGACCAUUCUACUGUCGCUGACAGUCUUCUUGAACCUCGUUGCCGAGAGUAUGCCAACGACUUCGGACGCUGUUCCGUUAAUAGGAGUGACCAUUUUGCUAUCACUGACGGUGUUCCUCAAUCUUGUUGCUGAGACCCUGCCACAGGUCUCCGAUGCUAUACCGUUGUUAGGAACGUACUUCAACUGCAUAAUGUUCAUGGUGGCAAGUAGUGUGGUCCUAACAGUCCUGGUGCUCAACUAUCAUCAUAGAACGGCGGAUAAUCACGAGAUGCAACUAUGGGUCAAAGUGGUACUGCUUGAAUGGCUUCCAUGGGUGCUUCGUAUGAAGAGGCCUGGUAGGAAGAUCACAUGGAAAACCAUAACAAACAACCGCAAGAUGCGGGAAAUGGAGCGGAAAAAUAAAAGUAGCAAGAGCCUCAUUGCAAACGUUCUUGAUAUGAACGACGAUUAUCGAUUGAAGCCUACUGUCUCUAGUGUCAGCUCAACUUAUACUCGCACCUCGGGUCAUGACACACCUCGCAGACCAACCACCGUCGAGGAGACCACUAUCGGUAUGCCCUACAAUGGGGCUUCUUGCCACUACAGUGAGCUCAAGACCAUACUAGGCGAAUUGCAGUUUAUUACUAAACGCAUGAAAAAAGCCGAUUGGGAAAAUGAGGUCAUCAGUGAUUGGAAGUUUGCUGCCAUGGCUGUUGACAGGCUGUGUCUGAUUGUAUUCACACUAUUCACGCUGAUUGCAACGAUAGCAGUUCUCUUAUCAGCGCCACAUAUAAUCGUCCAGUAGUAAACUGCCCAGGCCCAGCAGCCAAAAAACCUUUCCGAAGAAGGCUCCUCCUGAUUCUAGACAUGGAAGAACGAAUCAGCCAAGUCAAAAAAACCAUCAAGUAGUGUCUCACUGGAAACAGUCAGACACGUACAGUACACAAGUUUACUACGCAAAAGUUUGCCGUCAGUUAGCGAACAAAUGUGAAGAGCGUUUAGUCAUUCUUCUCAUCGGUACUCAGCAGUACUGUUGAUGUUUACCCUUUGAUGUGAAUUUAAUUUGCAAGUAAACGACGUGUAAGAAAUAAGAACAAAUAAAUUACAACACAAGAACAACAAGUUAAACUUGGCUACAAGAUUCGUCCAUGCGAAGCUGAAGGAAAAUUCUUCAAAGACCUUUCAAAAAAUUCUCCAAGUACUUUCGAUAACUUACAACUCUACUCACAUUAUUAUAUCUUCUCGACACAAUUCUCCGCGACGAGUUUACCAUCGAAAAAAAUAAUCGUCUCCGUCAGAACAACAUCAUGACCAAUUAAAUGAAAUUACAUUUGAAUACGUGCAAAUAAAAGUACUGGAGGUUUUUUCGCUCUCUACGAAAUUAAAAUGAUUUUAAAUACUCGCAGAGAAAUAAAUUAUCGAUAUUAUUAAUUCUCAACGAUAAAGAAAAAUCAUACGAAGACACAAUAAUAAUAAUAAUAACUACAAGCAACAAUUAUAUCGAAUAUAUUAUUUAUCUGCGAGAAAAAGCUCACAACAAAACAGACAUUAAUCUAUCUCUCUCUUCAAAAUCUUUUUUAUCGUCAUGCCAAUACACGUUCGCGAAUCUUAUAUACAAGACGAAGAUAAGUAAGGCUCGAUAAAUAAUCGCCGCAAUAAUAAUAAUAACAACAGCAACAACAACAAUAAAAAAACUGCCAAUCGAUUCGCUCGCGUUUAAAUAAACUCUACUCGCUGGCGAUAAAAAGAGACACGAAUAAAAAAAAAAACGUUCACUUUUUAUCCACGCUACGAAGAUUCACCGAUAUAAUACAUCUUCGGCAAUUAACUACAACACAAUCACAAACUAAAAAAAAAUCAUAAAUAAAUAAAUAUUUAUAAAUAUAUAUAGGAUAUAAACCGGGGAAUUAAUGCCCGUCUAUAAAAAAUAACUAUAUAUAUUUAUAUAUAUUUCAUGUUUCAUAUAAAAUAGCCAUAUGUGUACUGAACCAAUAUGUAUAUCUACAUCUAUAUCUAUAUGAAGCGUUAAGCUUUAACUUUGUUUAUUCACCGCGUGUAAAUAUAUAUAAAUUUACCAGCAGAAUAAAAUAAAAUUAUGUAGAGCGUAAUUUUUUAGAUUUUGCACGCGACAAGGAGCGUUUGUGUUUGGCAAAGUUAGACAUUUUUAACGUUUUCAUUCUAUUAAUUAAAUAUUAUUUUUUAUUUUAAUAGCGAAAUCACCGCCGCAGUCUAUAGUACGUGCGACUGUUUGAGGUAGUAAAUUUUUUUAAAAUCAUAAUACAGAUGAUAAAACUCGACGAAUAAAUCUAAUCGAAUUUUUUAAUUUAACUAAACAACAAAGUAAAACAAAUGUAAUAUAUAUUUUUUAGUGACAAUCUAUUCUCAGUCAGUCAGAGAAAAAGUUUCAUUACAGUCCUUUCACAUGCUGGCAUAUCAUGUUGAAUGAUGUACACGCGAGCUAAAAAGUCCUUUGUUAACUUUCGAGUUAAAUUUAUAUUACUUAUCAACGCUUGUCACCUACCAGACAGUUUUUAUUAAUUGCUCUUUUCUAGUCCUGUAUAAAAUAUUGAAUCGCAAUAUAUACAUUUAAAAUAAAGAAUAACCACAAAAUCAAAUAAAUAAAUGACUUGUUAAGUAAUGCAUAUAUCUAAAUUUGAUUUGAUUUAAGACAGAGAUUCGAGCAUAAAGUCCUUAAUUGUUUUUCUGUCUUGUCAGACAAGCUUAAAUGGAUUUUCGAAAAACGUACAGACUUAAAAGACUUGCUUGCAGACACAUGUCAUGAGCAUACAAAACAAUUAGUUUAAAUAAUUAAGUUGUCGAGAGGAUAAAUGACAGAUUGUUUAAGAACGCUAACGGUAGUUUCAAUACUUGACAAGUCUAUUUAAUUUUAUAAAGGGAAAUUAUUUUAUUUUAAUGAAAGUUUAUUACCUCAAACGUCACACGUUUAGUAUUUGAUAUGAUGAAUUUUAAAAAUCUUAAUGAGCGUCGUUAGAGAAUGAGUCGAGAAUAUAAACCCGCUAUUGCUGUCUCCUGUCACUCCUAAACCUUGCGCUGGGCUUGAAGUAACGGAAUUAGUAAAUAAAUAAAUUAGUAAAUAAAUAAUUAGAUAAAUAAAUAAAUAAAUAUAUAGCUCGUUAAUAAAUAACG